UCAACAUUUAUAAUGCAUCCUCGAAGCUUCACAUUUUCACCCACUCCUCUCUUCUCUCUGCACCAAUUAAUGCUAUAUUGGAGAGAGCUUGAAAGAAGAAAAAAUGGGGUGCAGUGCUUCUAUGUAUGCAGUCGGGAAGAGAAAGAAGACAAGUAUACCAGAAGUGGUGGUGUACGUUCCUUCUAUGAGAAUACCAGCACAAUCUGAUCUUCAAAGGCCACUUAGAGGGUUAAUUCUUCAAGAUCUUGUUGAUAGGUUGGCUUGUCUUCGCAAUCAGAUUGUGUUAGUGGCUGAGGAUACUGGUGGAUCUGCUGUAGCUGAACUGAGGAGGGCAUUGGAAGAGUACUUGCCUCUUCUUAUUGGGCUCACCAAGAAAGAACAUGGACUUGAGGGCUUGGUUGAAUUCAAGUGGAAAAAUCUGGAAGAUGGCCGGCUGGAAAACUCUGUGGCAAACACCUGGUUUGAAUUGCUAUCCGUCAUUCACAUGAUAGCAAUGCUUAAUUUGUCUGAGGCUAACUCGUUGAUGAUCCCUAAGGAUCACUCUGGUUCUGGCAUCAGGGUUGUAUCUUCAGAUUGUAAGAGGGAUUCUGUUGAUUUACUGCUGAAGGCAUCAGGAUGCUUGGUAUUCUGCGUCAGUGAAAUCAUGGCUCAUUUACCACCAGAUAUCAAGAGAAAGUUUUCAGAAGAUUUUCAGGAUGGUGUCCUGGAGGCUAUAUCAAUUCAAGCACUAGGGCAGGGAACUGAAAUUCAACUUGGUUUAGCUGUCGAAAGUCAAAAGGCUUCAUUGUCGGUGAAGAGGAGGUUGGCAUGUGAACAGCUGAUCUACUUCGGUCAGGCUUAUCACUGCUUGUCAGAGUCUAACACGAGUAAUAUGCAUGGAAAGAAGCAUCUCUGUUUCAUCAAGUGGAAGUUCCUUGAAGCAAAGGCUGCAGCUUACUACUACCAUGGUCUGAUCCUUGACAAGGGAACCGAACCAGCCUGUCAUGUUACUGCUGUAUGCUGUUUUCUAGCUGCAGAUGGACUUUUGUCAGAGAGCAAGAAGGCCUGCUUAACCUUUUGCCUCAACGCUCCUGUUACCAGAUCCCCUCCACUUUGGGGUGCAAUGAAGCACUUGCAUCAGAAAAUUCCUGAAGUUGCAGCAAGGAAGUCUCAGAUGUAUGGCUACCUCUUGGAAGAAGAGAAGGCUCUACAAGCACCGCCUGACCUACCAGAUUUCCAAUUGUCAUUAGCACCUGAUGACUAUUUAUUGCCUGAAAUAGAUUCAGCAUGGGAUCGCAACAAGUGGGAAAUCCAGAGCCAGCCCCUAAAAGAGCACCCCAAAGAUUCUGAAGAUGAGACUGAAACUGAAUGAAACCCUCUAUGACCUCUUCUGUGUAAUUGCACAUGUACUCUGAUGAACUGAAAACAAGAUACUUUCUUCUUCAUCUCUAUCUUCCAUUUCCACAUCUAUGUACAUAAUGGUUUUAAAAUACUGUCUAAUAAAACCCGCAAAAUUUUAUAUCUUUAGAAA